AUGUCCACCACUGAUCAACUCUACAGGCAAGACCCCAUAGCAAUCAUCGGCUUUGCCUGCCGUCUGCCCGGGGGUAACCACUCGCCAAGCAUGCUGUGGGAUUUCCUCUCGCAAGGAAAGGUCGCCUCAAACAAAGUGCCCAAGUCUCGCUUCAACGUUGACGCCCACUAUGACGGGAGUCACAAACCGGGGACUAUGAGGCCCCCAGGUGGAAUGUUCCUCGACGAAUCCAUCCUCCUCGACCGCUUCGACGCCCCCUUCUUCUCCCUUAGCGGCGCCGACGCCGUAGCCCUCGACCCCAACCAGCGCCAACUCCUCGAGGUGGUCUACGAAGGUCUUGAGAACGCUGGCCUUCCUCUCGAAAAAAUCGACGGACAGCCAGUAGCUUGUUUCGCCGCUUCGUUCGCCUCCGACUACGGGGACAUGCAAAACCGGGAUCCGGAAGAUUUCCCUCCCAACAUCGGUAUCGGUGUCGGAAGGGCGAUCCAGGCUAAUAGAAUCAGUCACUUCCUUAAUAUCAAGGGGCCGAGCGUCACGUUUGAUACCGGGUGCUCGGGCAGUCUGGUUGGCCUGGAUAUGGCCGUGAGGACGUUGCAGACGGGCCAAGCGACGGCUGCGAUCGUGGCUAGCUCAAACUUGUAUCUGAAUCCGGACCAUGUGGUUGAUAAUAGGGGAACCAUGGGCAAGGCUCACAGUCCGUCUGGGCUUUGUCAUACGUUUGACUCGAUGGCUGAUGGGUAUAUCAAGGCGGAGGGAGUCGGGUGUGUCAUCAUCAAGAGAUUGAGUGAUGCUGUUCGUGAUCGGGAUCCUAUCAGGGCGAUUGUCCUCGGCACUGCGACGAACAGCAAUGGGCGAACGAACGGGAUCUCUAGCCCGAGCGCUGAAGCCCAGGCCGCGGCCAUCCGUGCAGCUUACCAGAAUGCUGGCAUAACCGAUCUCAACGACACUCAGUAUCUGGAAUGUCAUGGCACCGGUACACCGGCCGGCGAUCCGAUCGAGGUUCGAGGUGUCGGAACUGCCUUUGCUUCGACCCGCGACGCAGAAAAGCCUCUGAUCAUCGGCUCCAUCAAAGGAAAUGUCGGCCACGCUGAGCCUGUAGCUGGUAUCUCAGGGUUGAUCAAAACAGUUCUUGCGAUCGAACAUUCUGUUAUCCCUGGUAACCCGCUGUUUGUCACCCCGAGCCCUCAAAUCGACUUCGUCGGCAACAAAGUCAAGGUCUCGAGAACUGCUCUUCCAUGGCCUGACACCGAGGGAAAGCCCAAGCGCGCCUCAAUCAACUCCUUUGGCUAUGGCGGCGCGAAUGCCCAUGUCAUCGUUCGGGAGGCAGACACAGAGUACCGUGGUCAUUAUGUUAACUCCAUCCUCCCUGUUAAUGAGGUUGGUGUUUUGGGCAACAGUGAAACUGACAAGGUCGACAAGCCACACAUGAUCGUGCUCUCAGCCAACGAUGCAUCUUCCCUGAAGAAUAACAUCCAGUCUCUCGUGGACCAUCUCAACAACCCUCGAGUCCAGCUCAGGCUGCCUGAUCUUGCCUAUACUCUCUCGGCGCGUCGAACCCGCCUAUGGCAUCGUGCCUUUGUCACCACUCGGUCCUCCAAGAUCGAGACCAACGACUUCACCAUCGGAAAGAAGGCCGAGAAUAUCCCCAAAAUCGGCUUUGUCUUUACAGGCCAGGGCGCCCAGUGGCCUCAAAUGGGCAAACAACUGCUCGAGUUCUUUCCCUGGACAAGAUCAAUCCUUGAAGAGCUGGAUACUGUUCUGCAGAGCCUCCCAAAUCCUCCAAAAUGGUCGCUCGUGGAGGAGCUGACGGAGCCGCGGUCGACUGAACAUGUCCGCAAACCCGAGUUCUCGCAACCCUUGGUGACGGCCCUGCAAAUAUGCAUAAUCGCCGUUCUUGAGUCAUGGGGUGUGAAGGCUUCUAGUGUUGUGGGCCACAGUUCGGGCGAGAUUGCUGCCGCCCAUUGUGCUGGCUUCCUGGAUCGCGCCAGUGCCAUCAAGGCAGCCUUUUAUAGGGGCUGGGCGACUGUCAUUGACGCCGAUGCCGAGUCAAAUGUCGGUAUGCUUGCUGUUGGCCUCGAUGUCGAGACUGUAGCUCUGUUUCUGGAUAAAUACCAAGGAAAAGCUUGGGUUGCCUGUUAUAACAGCCCGCAGAGCUUGACAAUUUCGGGCAAGAAGGACGCCCUCCUUCAACUUGCGGACGAGAUAAAGGCAUCAGGCAACUUUGCUCGGCUUCUGCAAGUUGAUGUAGCGUAUCACUCCCAGCUGAUGGAUGAGUUUGGAGUGGCCUAUGAGCAGCUUCUGACUAACGACAAUGACUUUUCAUUUCUUGACGGUCGUUCGCCAUCCGGCGUCGCCAUGUUUUCGUCGGUCACCGCACAGAAAUUGACCAAUGCCUCCCCUACCAAUGCGACAUACUGGAAGACGAACAUGGUAUCUCCAGUCCGUUUCAGCGAGGCCCUCGCGGCCAUGGCCACGCAGCCAGGUAAUGCGUCUCCUGACUUCCUGAUAGAGAUCGGUCCUUCCGGUGCCCUGGCUGGUCCCAUCUCCCAGGUGGUCAAGUCCCUACCAAAAGCCGGACAAAUCUCAUACUGCAACGCUUGGACUCGGGGCGAAAACGCAGCCAAAGCAUUGCACGACGUAGCUGGCCGUCUUUUUGUCGCCGGCUACCCCGUCGACCUGGUGCGUGUCAACCACUAUAACUCAACCAGAGUCCGAACAAUAGUCGAUCUUCCCAACUACAGCUGGAACCACUCAGUCAAGUACUGGCAUGAGAACGCAGCAAGCAGGGACUGGAGGUUCAGGCAGUACGCCCACCACGAUCUGAUCGGAAGCAAGAUCUUUGGAGUCCCAUGGCAAUGCCCCAUCUGGCGCAAGCACCUCCGCCUAGAGGAUGUCCCCUGGCUCCGUGAUCACCAGAUAGGCCCGGAUGUCUUGAUGCCUGGCGCCGGCCUAGUAACCAUGGCGAUAGAGGCCAUGUACCAGAAGCAUUGCGCGUUGAACCCCGAGAAAGCGGUUCUGUCGACCAACGAGCUGGCCUACCAGUUGCGCAACAUCCACUUUGACCGCGCCUUGGCUGUUGAGGAGAACAAGAUCUGCACCAUCCUUUUGUCCCUUGCUUCGGUACCUGAUAGUAAGGAUUGGGACGAGUUUCGCAUUUCGACAUCCCAAGAUGAUGUGAACAUCCUUCAUUGCUGGGGCCGCAUUCGCGUCAUUGAUGCAGUUAAUGACAAGGUCAGCGGAGCUGACCUUCAGCCUCUCGACAACCCUACUUCCUUCAGUCCAUGGUACAAGGCCUUUCACGAGGCCAACGUUUUCUUUGGACCGUCUUUCAGAAAGGUUCUCAGCCUGGAGGCUACCAGUGGUGAACGGAGCUGUCGUGCGUUGGUUGACUUGACCCCGCCCUUGUCGACGUACGAACCGGCAAGCCACUUUCCCCUCCACCCGGCACCCUUCGAUGCUUCGUUCCAAGUUGGUGCGCCGCCCAAUGUCCUGAAUGAACGAAGUUUGAUCAACAAUGUAGUAGUGCCGGGUAUGAUUGGCGAGGUGAUCCUCAACCGCGUCCCCAAAGACUUCAAGGUUGGCCUUGCCAUAGCCAAGUCCGGCUGUAAGCCUGGUGGCCCCAAGGACGAGACCAAGAACAGUCGCUGUGAUAUUUCAGUCCAUGACCCUGAGACCGGUGCCCUCUAUUUCCAGGCAAAGGGGAUGUCCUAUGUCAAGAUUGACGUGGAAAAGAAGCCUGAUCCUCACACCUUUCACCAUGUAUUAUGGAAGCCUGACAUUUCCCUCCUCACACAAGAUCAACUCAUGUAUCUGGAAACCGAGGAUGUUGGCCAGGCUUCCAAGGUUGAUACAAUCAUUGACCUCAUUGCCCACAAAAGGCCUUUGCUCAAGGUCCUUGAGGUCAAUCUGGACAAAGCUGAUAGGUCUAGUUUGUGGUUUUCCCCCAAGGAAAUGUCACCCCGACAGGCAUGCACUGGAUACGAUCUGGCCACCACUCAUUCCGGAACAGUUGCCGCUUUGGAGGAGGAGUUUGGGAUCCACAAAAACACUGAUUUCCACUUGAUCACUCCCGACGAGAAGGGCUUGGGUCUGGUCGUAAGAAAGAAUUACGAUCUUGUGAUCGUCAAGUCACACUCGAAGUGCGGGAUCCCGAUCGAAGACAUUCUUGCCAACAUCAAGCCAAUCCUUCAUGAGGAUGCCUUCGUAUUGAUAGCCGACCCAUCGACCAGCAAUACGUCUACUGCCACUGACAGCGGCUAUGAGACUUCCCAUGGGGGCUCCGUCUGCUCCUUUGAUGAAUCCGGUAGUGUUGGCUAUUUGUCCGAGGACUCAAACUCCGAGGAUGAGAAUGAUAUUGCCAGUUCCGUCUCCUCUGCACCGAUAGACCACGUUGAAGCCAGAAAGCCUUUAGACUCCACCCCUGGAAGCUUUGGGAGCCGAAGAAAACAGCUGGAUCAGCUGGCUGGUCAAGGUUUCCAGAACGUCCUUGAAAUCGCCGAAGGUGGUAACGUGCACUACUUGUGUAAAACCAAGAGCAGUUCGCAGCCCACCAGCAAUCAAGGGGGGGAUGAAGGGGUCGGCGCUUUUCCCCGAAGCCUGACUGUCGUCGGCUUCAAAAAUCCCAGUCGUCCCCUUCCACCGAGUCUUCACGAGAAACUCGAGUACUCGGGUUGGACCGUGACGCACCGAAGCGCAUUAGGACUCAAUACCCUUGCAGCUCCCAACACGACAGUCUUCUUGGUCCUCGAUGAGCUUUCCAGUCCUGUGCUCACUCAUGCCUCCGGUAGACAGUGGGAAAGUCUCAGGAGAUUGACUGCGUCUGGGAACCCGGUUGUCUGGGUUACCAAAGGUUCACAGUACCAAGUUACUGACCCCGACAAGGCCGUAGUGCAUGGCCUGUUUCGUGUUGUUCGCCGAGAAGACACAACCGCCAAGCUGACCACCCUUGAUGUGCAAUCUGCUACCAGCCUCGCUACUGCCUGGGUCGUGGAUAUGAUUCUCGAGCUGGUCAGAAUUCAAAAGGCGGAAACGGAGUAUGCGGAACGCAACGGUGUGGUCUUUGUGCAAAGACUGAUGCCUGACACAAAGGUGAAUGCCUUUAAUCAAGGCAAGACAGGGAGAGCGCAGACGGCCAUCAAGGGUUUCCAUGAGCCAGAGAAUAUGCCUCAACCUGUUGCCAACGGUCAGCUCAAUGGCAGGGUAGUCAUCAACAGCCAUGGCAAUACUCGGGUGCCAGUUGGUCCCGCCUUGCGGACAUUGCAGCUAAGAGAAAACGCUUCUUACCUGAUCAUAGGUGGUCUCAAGGGCCUGUGUGGCUCACUCGCAAUCCACAUGGCUCGACACGGAGCGAAGCAUAUCAUCAGUUGUAGUCGUAGCGGUACAUCAGACGCCGCCUCAUCUCGUAUCAUCAAGGGUUGCAGCGCCUAUGGUUGUGCAGUGACUGAAGCCAAGGGUGAUGUUACCAGUUCGAGUUUCGUCCGCUCCCUGUUCAAGCAACAUAGGGGUGGCUGGCGAAUAGCUGGCAUCAUCCAGGGGGCUAUGGUUCUUCGAGACAAGACAUAUGAGACGAUGACGGUUCAAGAUUUCCGCCAGGUUCUCGAGGCCAAGGUAAAGGGAACCUGGAACCUUCACAAAGCCGCGGUAGAACAAGGCAUGACCGUCGACUUCUUCACCAUGCUUUCGUCGGUGUCUGGUAUCAUUGGUAACAAAGGACAGGCCAAUUACGCGGCUGCCAACACGUUCCUGGAUGCCUUUGCCAGCUACCGCCAUGGAUUAGGAUUGCGGGCCAACUCGGUGGAUCUUGGUGCCAUAGAGGAUGUUGGAUAUCUCGCCGAGCAAGGAGCUGAUCUCCAGGCCCGGUUUGACAAGCAGCAGUGGACGCCCAUCGGUGAAGGAGUCCUUCGUCGUAUCUUGACAUGUUCGAUCUUGCAGCAGGACGUUGUUCGUCCUCUCAAUCCUGCUUCUAGGGCACAGCUCAUCACCGGGAUUGCGUUCCCUCUGCCCCUCGAUGGGUCGUUAGAUAUCAUGAGUGACUCGAGGUUUGGGUAUCUCUUCAGUAGUGGAAGUGGUGCUGUUUCGGAAGGCGACGUCAAGCGAGGAGGGAGUGACCAUGAGACCGUUGAUCAGGCUCUCCAGGCCUUCAAUGCACUUGUAUCAGACGGUGCGGAUAGCGCGACGCUGGUCAAGGCUUGCGUCGAGGUCAUGUCGAAGCAGCUUUCGAGACUCCUGCGGCUGGAAACCGAGAUGGAGAGCGGGAAGCCAUUGAGUGCGUACGGUCUGGAUUCAAUGUCAGCGGUGGAACUGAGGAAUUGGGUCAGAGGAAGGAUCGGGGCGGAGGUCAGUACCUUGGACAUAGCAAACGCACGGUCGUUGGUUGCAUUGUGCGAGAAGGUGGUUAAAAGGUUGGCGGGUUGA